AUGCACACCAGCGCCAGGGCCUGGGCUCUGCGCCUGGGCCGCGGGGUCGGGGGCGGCCGGCGGCCGAUGGGGAGCGCGGGGCCGCACGGAGCCACCCCGGGCCGGGAACGCGGGGAGCGCGGAGCGGGGGCCUCGCGACUCCUCGAGCGCCUCCUGCCCCGGCACGACGACUUCGCGCGCAGGCACAUCGGCCCCGGGGACAAAGACCAGCGGGAGAUGCUGCAGGCCCUGGGACUGGCGAGCAUUGAGGAGCUGAUUGACAAGACGGUGCCCGCCAGCAUCCGCCUGAAAAGACCCCUGAGGAUGGACGACCCCGUGUGUGAAAAUGAAAUCCUUGCAACUCUGAGUGCCAUUUCCAGCAAAAACCAGAUCUGGAGGUCAUACAUUGGGAUGGGCUAUUAUAACUGCUCGGUGCCGCAGGCCAUCUUACGGAACUUACUGGAAAACUCAGGAUGGGUCACCCAGUAUACCCCGUACCAGCCAGAGGUGUCCCAGGGCAGGCUGGAGAGCUUACUCAACUACCAGACCAUGGUGUGUGACAUCACCGGCCUGGACAUGGCCAACGCAUCCCUGCUGGAUGAAGCGACGGCGGCGGCUGAGGCCAUGCAGCUGUGCCACAGGCAUAACAAGAGGAGGAAAUUUUUCGUUGACCCUCGUUGCCACCCACAGACAAUAGCUGUUGUCCAGACUCGAGCCAAAUACAUGGGGGUCGUGAUUGAGCUGAAGUUACCCCACGAGAUGGACUUUAGUGGCAAAGACAUCAGCGGAGUCCUGUUCCAGUACCCUGACACCGAGGGGAAAGUGGAAGACUUCUCGGACCUCGUGGAGCGAGCCCAUCAGAGCGGGACUCUAGCCUGCUGUGCUACUGACCUUCUAGCCCUGUGUAUUUUGAGGCCACCAGGAGAAUUUGGGGUGGACAUUGCCCUGGGAAACUCACAGAGAUUUGGGGUACCCCUGGGCUAUGGGGGACCCCAUGCAGCCUUCUUUGCUGUCAGAGAAAACUUGGUGCGAAUGAUGCCUGGAAGAAUGGUUGGGGUGACGAGAGAUGCCAGUGGGAAAGAAGUGUAUCGCCUCGCUCUUCAAACCAGGGAGCAGCACAUCCGGAGAGACAAGGCCACCAGCAACAUCUGCACAGCGCAGGCCCUUUUGGCAAAUAUGGCUGCCAUGUUUGCCAUCUACCACGGCUCCCGCGGACUAAAGCACAUUGCAAGGAGGGUCCAUAACGCCACUCUGAUUUUGUCUGAAGGUCUCAAGCGUGCAGGGCACCAACUCCAGCAUGCCUUGUUCUUCGACACCUUGAAGGUUCAGUGCGGCUGUCCACCCAAGGAAGUCCUGGACAGGGCCGCCCAGCGGCAGAUCAACUUCCGGCACUUUGACGAUGGGACACUCGGCAUUUCACUUGAUGAGACAGUCAACGAAAAAGACCUGGACGAUUUGUUAUGGAUCUUUGGCUGUGAGUCAUCUGCUGAACUGGUUGCUGAAAGCAUGGGGGAAGAGGCAAGAGGGAUCCCAGGGACUAUGUUGAAGAGAACGAGCCCGUUCCUCACGCAUCAAGUGUUUAACAGCUAUCACUCAGAAACAAAUAUCGUCCGGUACAUGAAGAAAUUGGAAAACAAAGACAUUUCUCUUGUUCAUAGCAUGAUUCCACUGGGAUCCUGCACCAUGAAGCUCAACAGUUCUUCUGAACUCACACCUAUCACAUGGAAAGAAUUUGCAAAUAUCCACCCUUUUGUGCCUCUGGACCAAGCUCAGGGUUACCAGCAGCUCUUCCGAGAGCUUGAGAAAGAUUUGUGUGAACUCACAGGCUACGACCAAAUCUCGUUCCAGCCUAACAGUGGAGCCCAGGGGGAGUACGCCGGGCUGGCCACCAUCCGGGCUUACCUGGACCAGAAAGGAGAGCCACACAGAACAGUUUGCCUCAUUCCUAAAUCAGCACACGGGACCAAUCCGGCAAGUGCCCACAUGGCCGGUAUGCACAUACAGCCAGUGGAGGUUGACAGAUAUGGGAACAUCGAUACUGCCCACCUCAAGGCCAUGGUGGAUAAGCAUAAGGAGAACCUGGCAGCCAUUAUGGUCACGUAUCCAUCCACCAAUGGCGUGUUUGAAGAGAACAUCAGUGACGUGUGUCAGCUGGUCCACCAGCACGGAGGACAGGUCUACCUCGAUGGGGCCAAUAUGAAUGCUCAGGUGGGACUUUGUCGUCCUGGAGACUUUGGGUCUGAUGUCUCACAUUUAAACCUUCACAAGACCUUCUGUAUUCCCCACGGAGGAGGUGGCCCGGGCAUGGGGCCCAUUGGAGUGAAGAAGCACCUUAUCCCCUUCCUGCCCAGCCACCCUGUCACGGCAGCUACGCUGGAUGCAUCUGCGCAGCCGGUGGGCACCGUGAGUGCAGCCCCCUGGGGCUCCAGCUCCAUCCUGCCCAUUUCCUGGGCAUACAUCAAGAUGAUGGGAGGCAAGGGCCUGAAACAGGCCACAGAAGCUGCCAUAUUAAAUGCCAACUACAUGGCCAAGCGACUGGAAAAACACUACAGAGUCCUUUUCAGGGGGGCAAGAGGUUACGUGGCUCAUGAGUUUAUUUUGGACACACGACCCUUCAAGAAGUCUGCAAAUAUCGAGGCUGUGGACGUGGCCAAGAGGCUCCAGGAUUAUGGAUUUCAUGCACCUACCAUGUCCUGGCCAGUGGCCGGGACCCUCAUGAUUGAGCCCACCGAGUCAGAAGACAAGGCAGAGCUGGACCGAUUCUGUGAUGCCAUGAUCAGCAUCCGGCAGGAAAUCGCCGACAUCGAGGAGGGUCGCAUUGACCCCAGGGUCAACCCACUGAAGAUGUCUCCACACUCUCUGACCUGCGUCACAGCCUCCCACUGGGACCGGCCGUAUUCCCGAGAGGUGGCGGCAUUCCCUCUGCCUUUCGUGAAACCAGAGAACAAAUUCUGGCCGACCAUUGCCCGCAUUGACGAUAUCUACGGAGACCAGCACCUGGUGUGCACCUGCCCCCCCAUGGACGUUUACGAGUCCCCGUUCUCCGAGCAGAAGAGGGCCUCUUCCUAG